CACGCCAUGGAUACGACCGGCCACAGCGUCCUCCUCCUCCAGCAGCUGAACAUGCAGCGGGAGUUCGGCUUUCUGUGUGACUGCACAGUUGCCAUUGGAGAUGUUUACUUCAAAGCCCACAGAGCGGUGCUCGCUGCCUUUUCAAACUAUUUUAAGAUGAUAUUUAUUCAUCAGACGAGCGAAUGCAUAAAGAUUCAGCCUACAGACAUCCAGCCGGACAUAUUUAGUUACUUGUUACAUAUCAUGUACACGGGGAAAGGGCCAAAGCAGACCGUCAGCCAGAGCCGACUGGAGGAGGGCAUCCGCUUUCUCCAUGCAGACCACCUCUCCCAUAUCGCAAUCGAGAUGAACCAAGUGUUUUCCCCAGAGCUGGUCCAGUCUUCAAACUUGUAUGGGAUCCAGAUCUCGACCACGCACAAACUGGCGAAGGAACGCCUGGGAGCGAAGGAGAAUCUGCCCAAGGCAGGCAGCAGGUCUGCUGUCCCAGGCGAUCACCCGCAGCUGCAGCUCUCUCUGGCCAUCGGCCUGGACGACAGCUCCCUGGACCAGCAGGUCGCUCGCCCCUCUGCUCAGCCCGCUGCUCUCACCAAGCCGGCAGAAACGCGUCCGAAAAAAAAGAAGCUCUCGGUCUCCAUAAAGCAGGAGAGGUGCGACUCGGAGCCUGUGGUGUCCCAGAGCUGCACCCCUCCUUCUCCGGAGGUAGCGAGCUCCAUCUUUGCGAAGGCCAGCCUCCAGGUGCACUUGUGUCACUACUGCGGGGAGCGUUUCGACUCCCGGGGGGGGCUGCGGCAGCACUUGCACACCCACGUCUCGGGCUCGCUGCCGUUCGGCGUGCCGGCCUCCAUCCUGGAGAGCAGCGACCUGGGGGAGGUGCAGCCUCUGGCUGAGGACAGGGAGGCUGGGGAUGGCCACCGGCUUGGGACCUUCCUCCUCAAGGAGGACGAGCAUCAGCUGGACCAUCCGAGCUGCAGCGACCUGGAGCCUCUGCAGAUCAGCCAGCUGUCUCUCAUCUCAAAGGACCAUGAACCAGUGGAGUUGAACUGUAACUUUUCUUUCUCAAGAAAGAGAAAAAUCAGUUGCAGUGUCUGCGGCCGCACAUUUUUCCGGAAGAGCCAGCUGCUCGAACACAUGUACACGCACAGAGGGAAACAGCACAAAUACAGCCGCUGCCAGCGGCUGGAGAGCCCCGUGACCCCCAGGUUUCAUCCCUACUGUGACAGCGAGAGCGUGGGGAAGAACUCCAGUUUAUCCCAAGACCACUUGGAUGAAUGUAUCCUGGAGUCAGAUCUCAUCCAAGAAAGUGUUGAUACGAUCCUGGUAGAGUAG